AUGAACCGGCUCUGGAACAUCAGGCGUUUGGAGCCACUCCAGAGACCCCUGAAGUGGGUCCCCACCCUGGGCGAGCUGCAGAAGGCCCUCCAGAAGGGCGAGUACUUGCCCCUCCGCCUGCUGCCCAUGUUCGAGAGUAACUUUGUCCAGGUGACCAAUCGAAGGGCCCCAGUGUUCAUGCACCACAGAACCAACCGAGUGACCAUGGGCGUGGCCGCCUCCCUGCCAGGCCUGGUGUUGCCAGACAUCCUGCUGAUGGCCCAGCCCCCCGAGGGCAGGGAGUGCUCCAGCCUCGUCCUCACCAGGAUGAUUCCGCUGGACCUGGCCCACCUCUACGUCCACGACCUGUCUGCCUGGCGCCUGAAGCUGCGUCUGGCCACGGGCCGCUACUAUUACCUGGAGCUGGACGCCCCUGACAAUGAGGUCAGCUUCCUGUUUGACCGCUGGAUCCGCCUCAUCAACCUGCUCCGGCAGCCCGCCACCUACUUGGCCCCCAGGACCCUACACACGCCCCCCAUGGACCCGGGCCAUGUGGCACCUCCUGCCUCCACCUGGCGCCUCCAGGACCCAUCUCACCACAGACGUUCAGUCAUGAUUGUCAAGCCCACCUUUCCUUACAAGAUUCUGACAACUCAGAGACAGAGGAAGGCCAAGACCCUCAAGCGCAAAUUCAAGUCUCAGGCCAUGGGUGACUCCGUGCCUCUAGUCUGGUCACAGCUGGAGCAAGCUGACACAAGAAAGAAAUUUACAGAAAAGAAAGACCUCAAACCGAAAUCCAAGUUUCCGGGUUGCUCUGAUUCUGAGGGGGCCACAUGCCUGGCAGGUUUACUUGAGACCCCUUCACUCUGUAUCUCGGAGGACAGCCCUGAAAUGCCCUUGCUGGGCUCCUGUGAUCACUUGGAUAUGUACCCGUGGCAACAGGACAUGGAUGAAGUGAUGGACCCGGAGGCCAGCACCUUGUCCACGUCCUCCCUCUGCCCAGCCGCCUACCCUCCUGACUUCCGCAGGUGCAACGAACAGGCCAGGCCUCUGGACUCCGUGCAGAGACUGUGGCCACCGCCCUCCCAGAAGCCCCCAGCCAUCCCUGCUGCCUCUCGUAAGGCUCCAUUCAUCCUUGACCAGUCCCAGAAGUUCUUGCCUGUACCUGCUCCAUCCCGCAAAGCGCCAGCUCUUCCUGAUGCUCUCCAGGAGGCCCCAGCCACACCUGGCCCAUCUCAGAAGACCCCACAUGUACUGGCUAUUCCCCACAAGACCCCAGCCGUGCCUGCCAAAUCUCGGAAGGUCCCACAUGUACCGGCUGUUCCCCACAAGGCCCCAGCCGUGCCUGCCAAAUCUCGGAAGGCCCCACAUACACUUGCUGUUCCCCCGAAGGCUGUGUCCCCUGCUCCAAACAGGAAAUCUGUGUUCCUACCUACCCUGUCCCAGAAGGCUCUGACCUUACCUACCCAAUACCAAAUGACAUUGGACCCUGCCCCCACUGGCAUGUUGCCUGCGGGAAGUCACGGAGGAGAUGUGCUAGAGAAAAGCAAGCCUGAAGGGAAGCCAGAGCCCGUGGUGUUGAUGGGCACCCAGGAGACAAACACAGUAGAGGUGAGGACUCAGAAAACAUCCCUGGAGCUGCCUUUCACCACCACCGAGAAGUCGGAGGAAGUCCUGGUCAGCAGAGCCCAGGAUAUCACCGCGGAUGGCUUGAAGGGCAAGGGCAAGUUGGAGGACAAAGUCCGCAGGAUGAAGGAGGAGAUCUCUCUGGACAUGCUGGGCUUCAAAUCCAAGGAGGUGGGGCAGCAGAAGUGGGUCAAGGCCCAGGAGCUGGCCAUCGAGGAAGCCUCACAGGGGCAGACCAGGCCCUUCUCAGUGGAAGGGCUCACCCUUGCCAAGCCGAUCAUUGCCAGUUCCAAGGAUCCCUCCUUGAGAUGAUCUCUGGUCCAUCUGCCCUCCUGGCUCUCAACCCAGCAGGGGUCUGCCAUGCCAACUAUGGACACGGUACCCCUCAGCACCACCAAGGUGCCCUUGCUGGAGGAGACGCCGGUGGUGGUCAGGGAGCAGCCACAGUUCGCGGCCUGGGCGAAGGGGAACACGCAUCCAUGGGUGGAGGUGGAGGAGGUGCCCCGGGACCCAAAGCGGCCUUCCAAAGCGCCCCCCUGCCCCAAGCGUGCCACCAAGAUGAAUGUUGCCUCCCUGACUCCCAUCCCUCUGCCCUCAGCGACGUGAGAGUACGUAACCGAGUCUCCUGCCUCGCUGACCCCUGUCUCAAAGAUGGAGGCCAGGGUCUCCCAACAGCCCAGGAGAGUAUCUCAAGAGCCCAAGAGGGUGCCGGACCAGUGCCCCAUGGCCACAGUGGGGUCGUCGUUGGAGAUUCUCUUGCCCACUCUCUUGGAAAUUGAGAGUAUGAAGGACAUGGCCUCCAAGGUGGAGAAGAUAAAGGAGGAAGUGGGCGUCUUUGCUCCUUCGCCCAGGUAUUCGGGGUGA